AUCAAGAUCAAGAUCGUGAAGCCAAGCAGUCAACGCUCUAAACUCUGAAUUGAAGUAGAGAAGCGGUUUAGAAAGCGGUUUGUUUAACACUAUCGAGAUUUGACAGACGGUGACGGUGACAAGAUACGACCAUGGUGAGAUGCGGUGACAAUCCUGACCAUUGAAAUGUGUUUGUGAAAGUCAACCAUUUGAAAAAAUAAAAGAAAAAGAUUGGGACGCUACCGCCUGCACACAUUCUCCCACCACUAAAACUUUAACUUGGAACAAUGCUGGAAUAUGAGAACCAGAUGUUGCUGGACCUGCUUCAUGAAGAUGGCCUCUUAGUGACAGCUAAAGGAUUAGGAAUUGAAAGGAUUUUAGUGAGUUUGAUAACCACUUUUAAUGAUGCGGGCAACUUGGUUCUGGUGAUGGGAACAACACCACGUGAGGAAGAGUAUCUGCUGGCACAACUGGAAAGUCACCAUCUCACUCCUCCACCAUGCUGCAUUACUGCUGACUAUCCAACUAGUGAGAGGACACAAGUGUACUAUAAUGGAGGUGUCUUAUUCGUGACCACACGGAUCCUUGUGAUGGACUUGUUGAUGGAGCGCAUCCCAGUUGAAAUGAUUUCAGGAAUAAUUGUUUGGAAGGCCCACAGAAUCCUUGAAUCAUGUCAAGAAGCCUUUGCACUGAGACUGUAUCGGCAAAAGAAUAAGACUGGGUUUGUGAAAGCACUAAGCAGCAGCCCUCUGUCCUUCACAGCAGGAUUCUGCCAUGUGGAAAGAAUUAUGCGUAAUCUCUUUGUCAAAAAGCUCUACUUGUGGCCACGAUUUCAUGUUGAUGUAAAUACCUGUUUGGAGAAGUUUCAUCCUGAAGUUGUGGAACUCCAUCUUUCAAUGACUCCUGCAAUGAAAGAAAUUCAAAUGUCUCUGCUUGACCUUAUCACAGCCACUGUACAGGAACUUCGACGAUCAAACAGCACUAUUGAUACAGAAGAAUUCACACCAGAAAAUGCAAUAUCUAAAUCAUUUGAUAAAAUUUUGAAAAUUCAACUAGACCCCAUUUGGCAUCAGUUAUCUCCAAGAACAAGGACACUUGUAGCUGAUUUGAAAGUAUUGAAAACAGUGUUAGGAUAUUUGACACAAUAUGAUUGUGUGACUUUCUACAAUCUUGUUAAUUCCCUGAGAACAACAGAAGAGGCCUUGAAGAGCUCUGGAUGGAUGCUUCUGAGCUCUGCAGACUCUCUUUUCCUGAAUUCAAAACAUAGAGUGUUUGGAACAGUGAACAACCCAAAAGUUAAAAAUACAAAAGAAGCCCUUGGUGCAUGCAGUACAUCAAAAGACCUGAAUGGACUUUGCUUGGAAGUUAAUCCUAAGUGGGUUGCAUUGUCAGAAAUCCUUGAUGAAAUUCAGAAGGAAGUCAAUGAGUCCAAGCAUUUUGAAAAAUGCCUUGUAGUGACCCAGGAUGAUCGCACCUCUCAGCAGCUGAGAGAGUACUUGGUGCAUGGUUCUCAAGUGGUUCUUCAGCGAAUUUUCUACAAAACUGUUGGUCAAAAAUUGGGUUUCUGUCCUCCUGACAACAUUGCAAAUGACACUGUAAAAAAGAACAUUGCUGGCAGAAAGCAGAAAUAUCAAAAGAGAGAUAUGAAGAAAACUGAUCACCCUCAACGUCAACAAAAAGUUCAAUCUCAAGAUGGAGGAAAAAAGAUAAAGAAACAGAAGCUAACUGAAUCUGAAAUGAAUAAGGAAGAGAUGACACUCACACAACUAACAAAGCAGUAUAAUUUUGUUUCACAUAGUGACAGCGAUGACCUUGCUUCAGAUAAGGAAGAUGAUGAAGAAGGAAGACUCCCAGAAAGACGAUUUUUGUCCCCAUUGACACUAGUACAAUCUGUCAAGACAAACAAUGACCCCUUCAAGAUGACUCGACUUUUAGAAGAAGUGCAACCCAAGUAUAUCAUCAUGUAUGACUCAGAUUUGAGUUUCAUUCGACAGUUGGAGGUAUGGCAAGCACGUCACGUGGAGCGUGUGCGGGUAUAUCUCCUCCUCUAUAAGGGUACUACGGAGGAGCAGAUAUACCUCACCAACGUCAAGAGAGAGAAAGAUGCUUUUGAGUAUCUUAUUAAGGAGAAAGUGUCAAUGGUUAUUCCUGAAUACAAUGAUGGAAAGACUGGGGAUCAUCCAGACCUUAUCCGUGACUCUCGAAAGGCCACUGAAAUUCUAGCUGAUGAGAAAACAGACACAAGAAAAGGAGGGCAAACUGAGGCUGAAUCAAAACCACAACAGAGAAUCAUUGUUGAUAUGAGAGAGUUUAGAAGUGAACUUCCUUCUUUAAUUCACAAAAGGGGAAUAGAUAUUGAUCCUGUAACCAUUGAGGUAGGAGACUAUAUCUUAUCUCCAGAGAUUUGUGUUGAGAGAAAGAGCCUGAGUGACCUAAUUGGUUCCUUGAAUUCUGGGCGCCUCUACAAUCAGUCUCAGGCCAUGACCCGCUACUACAAGCGUCCUGUCUUGCUUAUUGAAUUUGAUCAAAAUAAGCCAUUUUACUUGCAGGGAAGAUACUUUCUUUCAAGUGAUGGCUCCUCCUCAUCAAAGGAUAUUGCUGCCAAGCUACAACUGCUAACAAUCCACUUUCCUCACUUGAAGCUGUUAUGGUGCCCAUCACCUUAUGCCAGCGCAGAAAUUUUUCAAAUGUUGAAGGCUGACAGAGAAGAACCAGCAGUAUCACAGGCUGAAGCUGUCACAGCUGAGACCAACCCAGAUGUCAUCUCUGAGCGAUAUAAUCCACAAGUAAAGGAUUUUGUCUCAAAGCUUCCAGGGAUCAACACUAAGAACAUGUACUCACUUCUGAACAAGAUUGUAAGUUUAUCAGAAUUACUGAUCCUCUCCAAAGAGCAACUGACUGAAGUGUUGGGUAGCAGCACCAAUGCCGAAACACUACACAACAGCAUUCAUCAGUGCAUAAAACCUCCAGACCAACUCCAAGACACUAAAAGAGGAGGAAAGUUCACUAAGAAGGGGAGAAGAAGAUUUCAGACAAGGCUUACUUGAUGAACUAUUGUAACUCUUAUUUAUGAAAUUAUUAUACUUUCUUCAAAAGUGCAUGCAGAUUGAAAUUAAUUCAGAUCAGAUUAUUGCAAUUGAAAAACAAUAUGUUUGUGUAAUUUUGAUAAGUGUGUCCUUAAUUUUAUUCCUUAUUCACAAAAACAAUGUUCUUUUCAAUAAAAGUAUCACUUUAUUUUUGUGUGUAAAAAGAAUUCUGAAGGUAAAAUAUGCAAAAAAAGAAAAAUAAUAAUAGUUUAUCUCUUCUAAGAUGGUAGAGAUUGGAAGUAUGUACUGUUAUAACCACAGGCUACCCCUCUGAAGUAGCUGCCUUAGCUUGGACUAGCAUCCCUGAGACUGGUACAUCAAUGUAUCAUUGCACAAACUAGGGACCACUACCUACAACUCUCAUUUGAUACAUUCAUGCCUUGUUUAAUGAAGAAUAUAUUUUGGUAAAUUA